GUCAGUGUUUCCUGGAAGCGGCGGGAACCUAUCCAUCAUUGCAAGAGCAGUCGUGGAGGCCGUGACGGAUCUUCGGGGCGAUGGUCGCCUGGAUGACCGUGCGAACCUAGGACAGAUGGGUGCUGUCUAUAUCUGCGACUUCGCCGGCACGCUCCUUGCCACGCUCCGUCCAGGCGAGCAGGCCCUGGUGCCGCGGCCCAGUGGCGUCGCACAGUUUCGCCUGGCCUGGGAGCUGGGCGGCUGGGCCUCCUCCCUCACACCCGAGCAGUUUGAGGAGGCGAGCAUGUCCGGCAGCUCCUCCUUCAAGGCUGACGGCAACAUCAACGUCGCAAUCAUAGCGAUGCGGGGCAUCAGCAACGGUCAAUUCUUCGUGGUUGUCGCUUCUGAGCGGAAUGCUUACGCGGAGGCCUCGAUGGAGUUGAUCUGCUCCUCGGUUACUUGGCUGUGA